UUGAAGUCCCCAAGUCUUAAAGGGACCAAGGUUUGAGACCCUUGGGCUAAUGGACCUACAGAAACCACGGUUUUGGUACUUAUCCUACCCUGAGUAGCCGCCUCCCUCCUGCCCUUCCUAAACCAUCCAAAUCCAGCAAAUCCUGCGCUUGGCGUCUCCACCCGUUUUCGAAGCGAUUCCUUCAGAUCAGAUUACAGGCGUCGAGUGACACCUUCCCCCUUCCCUAAAGCGAACCCCUUCGAGUAGAAAGCUAGUAGCCCUUUAAGCGAACCCUUUUCAUCCAGCUGUUUUAUUUAUUCCAUGGACAGCGCGCGCGAAACAUCCUUGCCAUGCAAAGAAUUGCAGGCAAAAAUUACAGGACCGCGUGCAAUCUCCCCAAAGCACCGGAGCACGUGAUACCGCUCCGGCUCGGCUCUUUCCACGCGGCCACGUGUUGCCUUUUUCCCAGGGGUUGGGUCUUUCAAAGCGGGGGAGUGGAAGUUUAAACUUUGCCCAGUGCAAGACUUUCCCAGCCCCGACUUCCUCCGCAGAAAAACGCACGCCACGCUUGCAAGAGUCCUUUUACUCCGGGGGGGGGGAACACAAAAACGCACGCGGCUUUUUUGGGCUCCGCAUCCCGCAGGCGGGACUUUCAAUCCCCGGAGCCCAGCCUUUUGGUGAUUCAAAUCCAGCAGCCUCCGCCUCUUGCUCCUGCCCCGCCUUUGCCUGGACUGGGACUGGGACCAGUAAGGAGCGACCUCAGCCUUCCUUCCCCGGUUGUGGUUAGAGGACAUUUCCUUCGGCUUCCCCAGGACCGCCACGAAACUCCGAUUCUAGCUUUAUCCGCUUUCCAUACCUAUCUAUAUGCUGCGGGCUAAUGGCUUCACCACCCAUCACAAUGGGGAAGAUAAUUCUUUGGACAAAGAAAUUGAAUCUUUUCUGACUGACCAACAACAAUUCGCUUGCAUCAGUGACCUUACCAAAGUGAAUCCUGUAACCACCACAACAGUUUUGAAGUGUCUGCAAGCAAGAUAUGCUAUCGAUGUGUUUUAUACCAAAGCGGGCUGCAGCCUUGUGGCCAUCAACCCCUUCCAUCCAGUUCAGUCUCUCUACUCACAGGAGCUCAUGAACGAAUACCACGCUGUUGCUCGUCUUCAGGAAUUAAAACCUCACAUUUUCACCGUAGCAGAAGAAAGCUACCGAAAUGUCCAGAGCCAGAUUCCAUUAGUCAAUCAGUCCAUAAUUGUUAGCGGGGAAAGUGGUGCCGGUAAGACAUGGACCUCCCGCUGCCUGAUGAAGUUUUACGCCACUGUUGCAGCUUCAUCUGAUAUCCCGGAAGGCAGUAUAACGGUGGAGAGGAUUGAGCAACGAGUGUUGGAUUCCAAUCCUGUCAUGGAAGCUUUUGGAAAUGCACGUACCCUUCGGAAUAACAACAGCAGCCGUUUUGGGAAAUACAUCCAACUUCACUUAAAUAGAUCUCAGCUUUUAACGAGUGCCUCCGUUCAGACUUUUCUCCUGGAGAAAACCAGAGUUGCUUAUCAAGCCCCUCAGGAAAGGAAUUUCCAUAUUUUUUACCAGAUUGCAAAGGGAGCCACGGAGGACGAGCGGCGAGAAUGGAAUCUUCCGGAGAGUGCGCGUUUCUCUUGGCUUCCAAAUUCCAAAGAGACUCUAGAAGAAGACUGCUUUGAUGUCACUCGGGAGGCUAUGACCCAUUUGGGUAUUGACAGUUUCACCCAGAAUAAUGUUUUUAAGAUACUAGCUGGUCUUCUCCAUUUGGGCAAUAUUCAAUUCUGCGAGUCAGAAGAUGAGGCACAGCUUUGUGAGCUGGAAGACCUGGCCAAAGGCUUUGCAGAGACUGCUUCCCGGCUUUUAAGUGUGCCUGGGGAGCAGUUGUUGGACACACUCAGGAUCCGGACGAUAACCGCUGGGAGACAACGGCAGGUGUUCCGGAAGCCUUGUCUCAAGGCAGAGUGUGAAACAAGGAGGGACUGUCUGGCCAAGGUGAUUUAUGCCAGGAUCUUUGACUGGCUGGUGUCUGUGAUCAACGAAAGCAUCUGUGCCUCAAAUUCUGUGUGGAAUAACUUCAUAGGUCUACUCGAUGUUUACGGUUUUGAAUCUUUUGUGGAAAACCACUUGGAACAGCUCUGCAUCAACUACGCCAAUGAGAAACUACAGCAGCAUUUUGUCGGCCAUUUUCUAAAGGCUCAACAGGAAGAAUAUACUGAGGAAGGUCUUGAAUGGUCUUUCGUAAACUACCAAGAUAAUCAACCCUGUCUGGACGCCAUCGAAGGGAAUCCUGUUAGCAUUUUCUCCUUGCUCAAUGAGGCCUGUCGCCUUAACUGGACCGCCAAUGCUGCGCAGUUUCAAAGUCGGAUUGAGAUUGCUCUGUUCAAGAACACCUGUGUAAGCCGAGACAAAUUUAGGAAGGAACCAAACUUCAUCGUAUCCCAUUACGCUGGUAGCGUCUGCUAUCGAAUUGAGAGUAUGGUGGAAAAAAAUAAGGAUCCCGUUCCCCCAGAGUUAGUCCUCUUGCUGCAACAAUCCCAGGACGGCUUCCUUCGAAAAUUAUUUCCUGUAGAAGAGACAAACGCCAAACCUGACGAAAAUGAUACGAAGACGCAAGCGAAACCUGCACUUGUCACAGUCGUCUCAAAAUUUAAGGGUUCCCUCGAGCAGCUGAUGGAGAUCCUGCAUGGCACCACGCCGCACUACAUCCGGUGCAUUAAGCCCAACGCAGACUGCAAGGCGGCCCUUUUCAGAAAAGAGGAGGUUCUGCAUCAGUUGGAGGCGUGCGGCAUUGUAGAAACCGUCAACAUCAGUGCAGCUGGCUUUCCAAUUAGGAUUUCCUUCGGAAGCUUUUUAGAACGUUAUGGGCUGCUGAAGGAAUUAAAGAAACGGAAUCUGAAAGCAACGUCCAGUCAAGGAAAUGACUUUUCCCCUGAUGCAGAGAACGAAGAAAAAUGUGACACUUUGCAGUCUAAGGUCCAAGAUAUCCUUCGGCACGUGAACCCCCUUAAUUCUUCUGUCAAACCUGGAGAAACAAAAUCACAAAACCAACCCAUGUUUUGUGGCAUGACCAAAGUAUUUUUGACCAAUUCGAUGUUGGAGCUUCUCGAAUUCCAAAGGGCUUCUGUCUUAUCCGAGAAAGCAUUCUGCAUCCAGUGCUGUUGGAGAAGGUUUCGGAGGAAGAAAAUCGCCAGGCAGAGAUGGUCUGCAACCAUCAUCCAGUCAGCUGUUCGCCAGUGGCUAGCUAGGAAACAUUUCCAGAGGUUACGUAAAGCGGUUACGAUUAUAAAACAGACCUGGAAGAAAUGGAAGACCAAGAUGGCAGCCGUAGCUGCAGAAGAGCUGGAUGGUUUGGAACAACAUUGCCUUCCCUCUGUCCGUGGGUCAGCUGCUACCUCAAGCCAGGCUGCUAGGAAAGUGGAACUGGACAAAUCCUGGCCUCUGAACCCCAUCAUCCACGUCUGGCCUCUCAGUCUUGUUCUGUCAAGCACCCCGACAACGCUGGAGAGGCUCCAGAGAGACCUGGCUCUCCUAACAUGCCUCCAAGUCUUACAGAAGAUGGACUGGACCAAGGCGGAGACCAGGUUGCCUGUCAAAGGUAUCAGCUCCAUCCGAGCUCCCCCAGAGGGCUCCGUCAAGUUCCACUGCAGGAGAUCUCCGCUGCUUUAUGCCAACACCAGACCAUACAGCCACAGCUGCAGAGUGACCGGGUUCAACCAGAUUCUCCUUGAUAAAUGUGCAAUACCUUGAGUCUGAAAGGGUCUUUCUGGGCCCUAGAUCUGUCCUGUAUUUAUUGCUCUUCUUCUUAGCAUGCUUCCUGGAGGACCAGAGAACUUAACUUAAGCACUUAGACUAAACAAAUUAGUAGUCUACAUGGAGAGAUUACCUAUCCAGAAUCUCAAAUCUGUGCUCUCCAAGCAGAAAUUAGGUGCCCAAUUCAGCCAUUCCACUCUAUUGAGCUGCCGUGCCAUCAGUCCCCUCUACCACAAAGACCUUGCAGGAGAAGGGCAGUAUGGACAACCGUGGGAUCUGGCAGGGUGAGAGCUGUGAACCAUAAACACAAAGCUUUUGCAGUGCCCCAGUAUACUGCCCUUGCUGAUCUUAAUAGGGACACUAAAGUGACAGGUCAAGGUAGCUGUGAUACUGAUAACUCAGGGGAUCAUGGUCCGAGAUGAAGAACUUACUUUGGAAAGGGGAACGUGUGAAUCAGAUAUUACACAUUGGUCACACAAGAAGAGCACAGUAUCCAAAAAGAGAAGCCAUCUUCUGAUUGGUGAUUCAAUUAUAAGGGAUGUAAAUUUAGGAAAGGAUAUGGUGGUUUUGAAAGAGUUCAGGUGUUUGCCUGGUGCUACUGCCAGCAGAGGCAAGAGGCAUAUUCUUAAAAUAGUCUAGAAUGCCAGUAAGGAUUGUGAUGUUGAUGUUAUUAUACAUCUUGGCACAAAUGAACUAUCCCAAAAGGAUGUACUUUAUGCGCAGAAUGAUUUCCAGAGCUUGGGGUAUGAACUUAGUUGUAGGCUUAUCUUUUCAGAGGUUUUACCAGUAUAUAAGGAACAAAAAGGUAAAGGCCAGCGCGUAGUGGAGUUUAAUGUGUGGCUAAAGGAGUGGUGUAAAAGGGAAGGCUUUGGUUUUAUUAGUCAUGAUGUCUGCAACUGGCCCAAUGAAAAACUGUACAAAAGAGAUGUAUUGCAUCCAUCAAAGAAAGGGACUGGGUUACUUAGCAAUAAAUUCACAGAUUUUCUGGAUAAACAUUUAAACUGAACAGCAGGGACAGAGAAUUAAUUGAUACAGAACGUUUCUGUCCCCAGCAAUCCAAAUUUAAUAGGGUUAUUAGUGUAUGUAACAUAGAUGUCUGUGUGGGUAAGAUUGUCAGCCCUGCUAUCAAGCAAAACCAAGCAUUUAAUAGUGAGUGCCAUACCAUGUAUACUAAUCCAACAGGUGGCAAGAAAGUAGGGGCAGUCAGGCACAACACAGGUUAUGCAGACAGUAAACACAAGGUCAAAUCAAAAUGGACUCAAAUAUUGAGUCAAUGCACAGAGUAUGAGGAAUAAACAGGGUGAAUUAGAAGUCCAAGUAAAUAAGGGCGGAUAUGAUAUUGUUGCCAUUACGGAAACUUGGUGGGAUGAAACCCACAAAUGAAACAUACAGCUAAAGGGAUAUAAAUUAUUUAAAAGAAAUAGACCAAAUAAAAGAGGAGGUGGAGUUGCACUAUAUAUAAGAAAUAACUACAUCUCUACAGAAAUAAGAGCACAACAAUGACGAAAAUGAUCUUGAAUGCGUUUGGGUCAAUAUUAAAGGGGGUGGAAAUGAUAUUGCCAUAGGUCUAUACUAUAGGCCACUCAACCAAACAGAGGAAGUAGAUAAACUUUUUGGAAGUCAGUUAACUAUGGUAUGUAGGAACCACUUCACAGUAGUAAUGGGGGAUUUUAACUACCCUGACAUCAACUGGGAGACAAACUCUGCACCAAGUGGAAGAUCCAACAGGUUCCCAACAAACCUGCCUGCAGAAGUUGUGAAUGCUCCAACACUGGAAAUUUUUAAGAAAAUGUUGGAUAACUAUUUGUCUGAAAUGGUGUAGUGUUUCCUGCCUGGGCAGGGGGUUGGACUAGAACAGGGGUCUCCAACCUUGGUCCCUUUAAGACUUGUGGACUUCCACUCCCAGAAUCCCUCAGCCAGCAAAGCUGGGAGUUGAAGUCCACAAGUCUUAAAGGGACCAAGGUUGGAGAUCCCUGGACUAGAAGACCUCCAAGAUCCCUUCUGUCAUGUCCCACUCCUCCGCUGACGGCCGGGUCAGGGAAAUCCGAAUCAGGCUUGCCUCUGCAGCUCUGCCCAAAGUCCUAGCAAAGUCCUCAGAGCAGGCAGGAGACCAGAAAGUGACUUCAGCAAGAUAAGUUCGACUUUGCCUGACUCAGAGACUGCCAGAAAGCAGAUCCUUUAUAUAGGCCAUGGGGUGUGGCUCCAUGACUCAGCAUCAUUAAGGCCUGCCCCUCCCUCCCUUCUGUUGCCUCCGCCUAUCCAGUCUUCUGAUGCGAGGGUCACUCCAAUCAGCAGCUGUUGGAAAUAAACUUUCCUCAGGCUCACCUGCUGUGGAGGAGGGGGAGGGGUCUAGCUGCUCCGUUUGCCUGGGCAUGGAGCCAGGGCUGGGGCCGGGGGAUGCUCCCUCCUCUGCAGCCUGCUUGGGCAUGGAGCCAGGGCUGGGACCGGGAGGUGCCCCCUCCUCUUCAGCUUGUCUGGGCAUGGAGCCAGGACUGGGGCCGGGAGGCAUACAUUCCUCCGUGUUCGGGAGCAGAUAAGAAGGCCGCGGCUGCUGUGAGAGCAGACAAGACACAACACCUUCCAACUCUGUUGUUGUUGUUGUGUUUCUCAACCUUGGCCCCUUUAAGGCGGGUGGACUUCAACUCCCAGAAUUCCCCAGCCAGCAUUGGCUGGCUGGGGAAUUCUGGGAGUUGAAGUCCACCCACCUUAAAGGGGCCACAGUUGAGAAGCACUAGUCCAGAUGCAGAAGUAGAGUCCUGGCCCACUCAUUCAAUCCAUCGAUUUAUUAAAAUAAACUGUACUCCGUUCUCCCCACAUUUGGGAUGGUUGCAUGCAUAUAACAGAAGCAGAGCUACUUCCAAUGCCUUAUUUGGCCUGAUAGCAUCCGAUAACCUAGUGAAGAUGUGUGGCAAAUCACCCAUCUGAUAGCAUCCGGUAACCACGGAUUACUGGAUGCCGGGCCAUCUCCUUCGUCCCAUCUCCUUCGUCAUCUGAUCCUUUAUUUUCAGAAUCGGGAAGCAAAUCUUAACUCUUGUGCACGCCUUGACAAUGAUUGGGUGGUGCUCAAAGCACCACACUUUGCUUCUAUUCAGUAAAACAGCCGAACUUUUUCCAGGUUCCCAGUGGCUUUAAGUAGAACCUGAAAGCAACAGCAGUUUUAUUUUACGUUUCUGCAGAAGCCUCGGUCAACGUGGACUUCUUAAUGAAUUGCAAAGAGGUGCUGUUUUUGGAUCAAUACAGGGCACAAAAUUGUGCAUCCAGAUCAUUUUUAAAGUACGUAACAGCUCUAAAUCUUAUUAAAGCCAGGAGCCAGUAGAAUCUCAAUCCUGCUAAUUUUGAGGGUGCUAUUUUUUUUUUAAAAAAAGGGUGCAUACGGCAAUGUUUAUUUCAAAAAGGUGCUAUAGAUUUGCUAUACCACAAGUCUAUUUCUUUUGGGUAGAAAUCUUCAGGUGUUGUUUUUUUUUAAUGGCCACAUUUGAAAUACUCAUUUAUCACCAAAGACACCAUUUUAAUGUAGUGAGAACUUUAUAUUUUUUAAAAAAAAUUCUACUGUACUUGUCAGUGUCCCCAAGGUAAUAAGGAAAAAGCCUGAUGCUUGGGCAUUUUUUUAAAAAAAAAAUCUAAAGGGUUAUUUUAAAAAUUAUUC